GUACGUGAAGGAAGGAUGGGUUCUCUUAAUUCCCUAAAUACAUUAGGUUUUUACUCAAUGAUACUGCGGAUCUAUUUUACCACCGCGGAUGUGCACAACCGUUUGUGUUCAGCAAGACGCUUACGUCACGUACUUUGUCAGUCAUCCUGCUCCGCCGUCGUUCCGUCGAGGCUGGCUGAGCUGUUGCGGGUAACUACCAUAUUAUUUCAGGUGAAGAUGGCCGCAGGUCCCCUCUCUGUAUCUUCCACCGCAUCCACAAACAACGAUGGCAUUCUUAUCGGUGACAAAGUUUACUCGGAAGUGUUCCUUACGAUCGAUAAUUCGCUCAUACCGGAGGAAAGGCUUUCUCCGACGCCGUCGAUGCUUGACGGCCUCGACCUGAACACGGAGACCGACCUUCGCAUCCUUGGAUGUGAACUAAUCCAGUCGGCGGGCAUUCUUCUCCGGUUACCCCAGGUGGCAAUGGCAACGGGACAGGUGCUCUUUCAUCGUUUUUUCUACUCCAAGUCUUUCGUCAAGCACAGUUUUGAGAUUGUUGCCAUGGCUUGUAUCAACUUGGCCUCCAAGAUUGAAGAAGCACCACGACGAAUACGAGAUGUCAUCAAUGUUUUCCACCACCUGAGACAGAUCAGAGGCAAAAAGACUCCAAGUUCAUUGAUACUUGAUCAGAACUACAUAAAUACCAAAAACCAAGUCAUCAAAGCGGAACGGCGGGUCCUGAAGGAGCUGGGCUUCUGUGUGCAUGUCAAGCAUCCGCAUAAGAUUAUCGUCAUGUACCUUCAAGUCCUAGAAUGUGAAAAGAACCAGACACUGGUCCAGACGGCCUGGAACUACAUGAACGAUAGCCUGAGGACAAAUGUCUUCGUGAGAUUCCAAGCUGAGACUAUCGCUUGUGCCUGCAUAUACCUCGCAGCCCGAGCUCUGCAGAUACCUCUGCCAUCCAGACCUCAUUGGUACCUGCUGUUUGGGGCCAGUGAAGAUGAGAUCAAAGACAUCUGCAUCACCACCCUGAAACUUUACACCAGGAAGAAGCCUAACUAUGAGCAGCUGGAGAAGGAGGUGGAGCGGAGGAAGGUGUUUUUGGCUGAGGCUAAGCUGAAGGCCAAAGGCCUGAAUCCUGAUGGUACCCCUGCCCUGUCCACACUGGGUGGCUUCUCUCCUGCCUCCAAGCCCUGCUCCCCAAAUGUGGUCAAGGUAGAAGAGAAGUCCCCGAACCCCCAGACCCUCAAACCAGUUAAGAAGGAACCAGACAACCGGACUCAGGUCAACAAGAGUCCCCACAAUGGGUUAAGGAAAGAGGUGAAGAUCGGGAGGAACAGCAGGAGUGGGAGUCGAUCUCGUUCAAGAACGCGUUCCCGGUCUAGAUCUCGUUCUCCUCGCAGGCAUUACAACAGCAGACGCAGUCGCUCAGGGACCUACAGUUCUCGCUCACGUUCUCGCUCUCACAGUCGUAGCCCUUCACCUCGCAGACAUCCGCCCUCACCUCUCCUCCCCCACCUCAAGUCCAAGGCCAGCCACCACAGCAAUAGCGACUCCAAGUCUAGUGGACGCCAUAGCAACAGUGGAGGUGGAGGAUCUGGUCACAAGAGGAAGCGCUCACGUUCUCGGUCACGGUCUCGCACUCCGGUCAAAGCAGACAGGGAUCGGGACAGAGAGAGGGAAAGGGAGAGAGACAGAGACCGCAGUUCCUUUGACCUCUCCACAAAGAAACACAAACAUGACAGAGGAAGUGGUCACCGAGGAGACAGGAGGGACAGGGACAGGUCUCGAUCCUAUGACAGGGACAGAGAGAGGGAGCGUAGCCACAAGAGCAAACACCACAGUAGUAGUGGGCACUCAGGACAUAGCCGUCACCGGCGCUGAGACACACACACCCCUAACAGACAGACUCUGAGGCUGAUAGUCACUGAAACGUUUUCAGUAUACCCAAAACAUAAUCAAAUCUGGCGAGUUCUCUUAGUACUGUUGAAUAUAGUUCACAGUCAGCAAAUAAUCAGGUUGACUCCUGAUCAUUUAAUGGCUACUGGAGUCAUGUUAGCAGACACAUUCUUCUUCUGAAGUUUAAUAGUUGCACUAUAAGUAAUAUGUCAGUAAACCAAAUAUCUGCUCCCUGCAACCUGAGAUGACACUGCUGACAUGUCUUGGGGCUUUGUGACCAAGAACCCACUGCAGCUGUCAAAGCCACAGCUGCACAUCUGCUGUGUUAAAGACAACACGCCAAGUUUGAUUUCAUUUUGGGUAUAUUGCCUGCCAAAUACCAACAUAGUUGGUUUUCUGGGUUCCUCACACGCAGCCUGAAACUGACUUCAAACUGUAUAAUUUACAAGAAUGUUGAUUCUCUUCAACUUUGAAUUUUGCUGGCAUAAGUCAAAUUACAAAGCCUGUAGUUACCUGAGUUAAUGUUCUAUUGAAAAACAUAAAUAAAGCCUUGACGUUGGAGACAUUGACGUUAUGGCACCACUUGAGAUUGCCUGAAUCCUACACACAGCUUAUGCAUGCACAAAUGUCUUGGCGAUUGAACAUUCAUUGCUUUGACUACACAUCUACACAACAGCGCACCUGUAGCUGAUAUUUGGCGGAGGUGUUUGAUGUUGGGUUACUGUAGGUUAAAGGUGUGUCUCUGAGGAACCCAGGCUGCAGCAGUAACUACCAGCAUGAAGUGGACUGUUUGUAAGUUUACGAGUGCUGAGCCUUGUUUUCCUCCACCUGGUCAGAUGUGAUCAGUGGUUGAGGGAAGGCAUCAAUGCAGUGCGACAGCAGUCCAGGACCUGUCAUUGUCCUCCACCUAUAGGCUUUUCUUGAUUUAUCCAUGAUAUUCUCCUCCCCACACACACUUCUACCAUCCCUCUAGCCUACCCUUAUGUUUUUGGUUUUACAUGUAAAGUUAUGGACUUAAGAAACUUAUUUACAGUGUAAAGACGGAUCAAUAUCCACUGAUGAAAUGUGAACGCUUUGAUUUAUAAAAGCAAACUAUUCAGUGGAAGGAUUGAAUGAAUAAAUGUAAAAUAAAAAUGAUCAUUCAGGAAAGAUCAGUAUGUUUGCACAUAAAGGGACUGGCAGGCAAGUGGUUCUUUUUUUUUGUUCUUUUUUUUCUGGACAGGUGUAUGUUGCUAAAGCUGUGUUUUGUACAGUUUCAAAAAACAAACUGGUUAAAGACUUAAGUUUUUUUUCUUUUUUUACAGCAGGGGAUGCAGACUUGAUUUCAAAACAUUUUAGGGUUGUCAAUUUGUUACACUGGUUUUUAGUCUGCACGUGUUCAUGUCCAAUUUUUAUUCAACAAUAAAUGAGUUAUGCCACUGA